AUGGGAGCACAGAACUCAGCGCAUCGGGACGGGAAGAGCCAAGAGGAUGCUUCAGCCGAGAAUCUGAGAUCAGCGGUGAACGCGAUUUCGGAGGGAGAUAGCGUCGUCGAAUCCAAGCUCCAGCAGAAGAAUGGACAGAUCUCCAUCUCCAGUCUGAAUGGGAAGGCAGAUGAACAGACAGAGCUCAAUGGCCACUCAGAGGACAACACCCUGGCAGAGGAAGUUGAUGGCGUGUCCGUGUCUCAGAAGGAGGAGGUUCCUGAGACGAUGGACUCCCUCCAGGCUGUGGUGGCCUCUCAGGUGAACAGAGAGGAGGAGGAGAAUGAGUCUCCUGACGCCAACAACAUCACCGGGCCUGAACAGAAGGAGGUUGAGGAGAAACCGGGCGAGGCCAACGAGGUGGGUUUCAAGAAGAUCUUCAAUUUCAUCGGCUUCAAGUUCACUCUGAAGAAGGACAAAAAUGAGAAGACUGACCCGAUGCAGAUGCUGAAGUUGAUGGACAAGGAAGUGGAAGGAGGAACUAAGGGGUCUGAGGAAACUAAGGAGGAAGCCGCCACUGCAGAGGGGAAGGCAGCUGAGCCAGAGACUGCCACUGUUGAGGCUGACGCCGCUGAAACCGCAGCUAAGGCUGCAACUCCAGUGGAUGCCCCAUCUAAGACUGUGGAUGGAGAGGCUGCAGAAAAAGAGCCCUUGGACCCAGCUGCAGCUGCAACUACCCCACGUGGCCAGGAGACCCCCAUGUCCCCCUUCAGAAGGUUCUUUACACACGGAAUCUUCUCCAACCAGCACAAGAAGGCAAGUAUCAAAAGAGCCAAAGAGGAACCAAAAGAGAAAGCUGCUGAGGAGAAGAUAAAGGAGGGAGAGGAGAAAGCAGAGGCUGGGGUGGAGGAGGAGCGAGAGAAAGCAAAGGAAGAGGUGAAGGAGGUGGAGCCAGUGACAACACCAGAAACUGAGACACCUGAAGCAUCUGCCGAAGAGACCAAAGAGAAGAUCCAAGCCGAAUUUGCCAUGGAAACCUCAGAAGCCGCUAUUACUGAUGACACCAAACAAGCGGAGGAAAAUGUUGAAGAAGCUGUGGAUUCAGACAAGGCCCCAGUUGAGAUCACCACCAAGGCUGAUCUUUUCUCAUCCCAGAAGAAGGUCAAGGCCCAGGGAAGCCCACUGAAAAAGCUCUUUACUGGGGCUGGCCUGAAGAAGCUCUCUACCAAGAAACAGAAGAAAGACAAGAAAGAUACGGAGACCAAGUUGACCGAGUCUGGGGAACAGGCGGCUGAACAGCUCCAGUCCUCUACAGAGUCGGCAGAGGUCCAGAAACCUGACAGUGGGUCAUCAUCUCCAGAGGAGUCUGGUGAGCAUGCCAUCGGGGUGGAAGCCACCCAAGCUGAGGCCAGCCAAGAGGCUGAUGAGGAGGUAACCAGCUCAGACGAAGGGAAGAAGAAAGAAGGUAUCAUGCCCUGGUCCUCCUUCAAGAAGCUGGUGACACCCAAGAAACGAGUCAAGAGGCCCUCUGAGAGCGAGGACGAGGCAACUGUUGAGAAGGCCAUGUUGACCACCCUGUUCUCCACUGAGAGUGCCAUGUUUGUGGAGAAAAAGAAAGAGCCGGAACUCACUGAGGAGGAGCCAAAAACCGAAACCACAGAGGACCUGGAGGGCAGCACAGAGGACCCCAAAAAGAUGAAGAUGGACACCUCACUCUCCUGGGAGGCCCUGAUGUGUAUGGGCGGCAACAAGAAGAGGACCAGGAAGACCUCUGACUCUGAAGAUGAGGAGAGCAAAUUCGAAGAGGAGGCACCACCAACUGGGGAAGAGCAGGUUAAGACAGCAGAGUCUCCUCUUGGCAGCUCUGGAGAGGCAGAUCAGGAAAACACAGUGUCAUCCCCCGAACCAUCCACUAGCCCCGCCGCAGGAGACUCCACCUGGGAUACUCUCAAGCGUCUUGUCACCCAUAGAAAGAAGCCCAAAAACGAGGAGAAGACAGAUGAAUCUGGUGGCGAACAGGUAAUCUCAGACAGUGAAAUUCCCAAAGAAGAGUCCUCCUUCUCUCUGAGGAAACUCAUUCCCGGACGCAGAAAGAAGAAGCUGCUUUCCUCCAAUCUGGGGUCUGGCGAGGAAGAUUCCGACAUACCAGCCGUGGUCCCUCUUUCAGAGUACGACAACGAGCACGCCGAGAGUAAAGAAGAGGCUGAAGCCGAAAUGAUAGUGGAGACAAAGGACUCUGAGGAAGCAGCACCAAUCACUCAGGUCCAAUUGUCCAUUGAAGAGAGAUCCCCCUCUUGUAUCUCAGCCAAGGCGGUCAUGGAAAACCUCCAGGAGAUUCCACAUGAUCAGUUGAGUGACAUCCCAGAAGAGGGUGCCGCCACCCCCAAAUCUGCUGACACCACCAUCGCAGAGGACAUUGCAGAACAGACCACAUUCCUGCUAUCAUGCCAAGAGCAGGAACCUGAGUUGUCUCCUGAGCUGUCUGUUUCCGAGGUAACUGAAGAGAUGAUCCCAGCCACGUAUGGCGAAACCACCCCUCUGCCCAAUGAGCCUGAGACAGAGUCUUUGGAGGUCCCGCAGGAGGCUGUGGAGCUGCUCAGUGAUCUUCCAAGCCUGACUUCUGUGGAAAUCAUAGAGAUCCCACUGGAGGAGGCUGCUUCCGUCCCAGAACCCACACCGCCGAUCGAGUUCACCGAAACCAAAUCAAAGGUUGUCUUGAUGGUGCAUGAAGAAAUCGAGGGUUCCGCCAUCUACACUGUCCUGGACACCAAGGAGAUCACCAAGGUGGCUGUGGAGAAGCUUGUAAUUCCCACCAUGGAAUGUCUAGCUGAGAUCAGCAAUGGUCUAUCCACUGAGACGCCGGUAGAAGAUAAGGCUGAUCCAACUGAGGCGGCUGACGCUAAUGAAGACCCAGUAUUCAAGGCUCAAGUGGAGCAGGUCGAAAGCAUAUUCCUGGAGCCGCCACUAGAGAAAACUAUUGAAGACAUUCCAGAUCCUAAUAUAGCCACUGAGGGUAAAGAGCAUGAAGAUGAAAAGGUCACCACGAUCAAUAAUAUCAAGAUGGAGGUUGAAAUUGUUGAGGCCCCUGCGGUGAAUGAGAACAUUGUGGACCCCAUUGUACCAACUGUCGAAGACUCCAUUGCCGCUAACAUUGUGUAUGGCUCUGAAACACCUGUCAUUGAGGUCAAAAGUAAAGAAGAGAUGGCUGCCGUCGAAGAGAUCGCUGCUGUAGAGGAGGUGAAUGAGCCUGCUGCCCGAGAAACGGUCACUUCACUAACUGAUGCCAACCAGCCCACAGUCACUGAAGUGUGCGAGGCAGUCAUUGUUGCCCCUGCUGAAGAGUUUGCCAUUGUAAAGGAGACCACGUACCUCGUCUGCCCACUGUCCGAGUCCUUGGAAACCCAGCAAGUGGAGGUCACAGAGGCCGUGGCAGUGGAAAAGGUCUCAGUGGCAGUUGCAGAGCCCGCUGGCGAUGACCAAAUUCAAGUGCAGGUGACUGAGGUUGGUGUUACAGAGGCUGAAGAGACAAAGGAGGCAGAGGCCAUGGAGGAGACGGGCUUGGUCAUCGCUCAGGUGGUCAUCCAGAGUGCUGUGGAGAAAGUGUCUGAAGCAGAGUUUGAACCCAAAGCGCCUGCCUCUGCCACUGCUACCAUCACAACUGAAGAUGCACUACCAGUCCAGGCGGUAGCAACGAUAGAGAAAGAGAUUGAAUUAGUAGCAGAGGAGAAACCUGUCAUUGCUGAAACUCCUGUAGUCCAAGUUGAGGCACCAGCACCAGAAACCCCAGCAGAGGUGUCUGCUACUCCAGAGGCACUAGCCGAGGCUGAAAAAACACAAAAGGAAGUCCACGAGGCUGUCCAGGUCAUUGAGACCGUUCCAGUCACAAUUGAAAUCACAAAGAGUAUCAAGGAGGUGGAGGAUGUUCUCAAAGCGGAAGUAGAGGAAAUAAAACAGGAAGUGGAAUUAAAGCAAGCAAUGGAGGUCAAUGUAAGUGUGGAGAAAGUUGUAGAGGUUGAAGUUGUAACAGAGGUGGAACAGACAGAGAGUGAGACAGAUGGAAAGGCAGAGGAGGAGAUCAAAGAGGUAGAGGGCAACAUCGAGGCAUUAGUGGUUCAGGAAGUUCCACAAUCUGAGGUAGAGGAAGUAGUUAAGGAAUUCCAACUCAAGGUUCAACAAGCUGAGGUAAUAGCAGUGGUUCAGGAAGUGAUAGCAGAGGUUCCCACUCCAGAGACAGCUGAAGAGAAGUCAGAAGCAACGAUUGUGACAGAAGAGACCCCAGUCCCAGAUGCCCCCACAGAGACUGCUGAAGCCCCAGCCCAGCCAGAGGAGACAACUGCAGAGGUCGUAGUCCCACAGACCACACAGGUGGUCAUACAGGUAACAGAGAUCAUUGAAGAGGCAGAAGAGGAAAUCAUGGUGGAGGAGGUGGUAGAAAAAGAUGCCAUUGUUAGCUCACCAGAGACAAAGGAAGCCCCGGCCAAAGAAGACACAACAGACCCUGAACAAACGCCAGACACCCCCACCCCUGAACCCACACCAGAUACCCCCGCCCCUGCUCCAACUGUCGCCGAUGUUGUCGAAACAAACAUGAAAGACGACAGUGCCGCAGUUCAGGAACAGGCAUCGGACGGCCCCCAGACAGCACUGGAAGAGCAUCAAACGGAUGUUUCAACAGAGGCUGUGGCUGCCAUCCAAGACGCCCCAGUUAACAGCAUGGAAGAGGAGGUUGCUCUUGCCAUGGCUGUGACAGUUGCCAGCCCAGCGGAGGCAGCGGCAGAGAAGUCGACGUCGGUGAAGUGUGCGGAGGUGAUGGUGCAGGUGAUUGAGGAGGUGGUGAAGGAGAUCAAACCUGUCUCCUAA